AUGUCGACAAUAUAACAACCUUAUUUUUCGAUAAAGCCUGAGUAAGAGAGAAAUGGAAGUAACUUAGAAACAAAAGGAUUCACGAUUCACUUAUCAAAAUCAAAUACUUAAGAUAAUGGAAAAAAAAACUCAAAAUUAAAUGCCGAUCCAAAAGAUUUAUUAAUAAUUUUGCAUAGUCUAACUUAUGAAUCAAAGAUUAUAAGUUAUUUAUCUAAUACUAAUACUUAAAAUAAACUAGUCCAGAAUUCAUUUAGAUAUGUGCUCUAAAAUUCUGAGGACAUGUAACAAUGA